CUCCUGCUCUGAGGUGAACAGUCUCAUCUUGAUGAUUUCUUAGUAGCUCAGUCAAAGUUGCUGUUCUUUUCUUCUUUCAAUACCAGAGCCCACCUUUGUUUCCAUGGCUCAGAUGCCAGAGAGUGAUCUGAGUGAGGAGGGAGAUGAUGACAAGGUCUACCUGUUCUUCAGUGAGUCCGCUGUGGAGUGCGACUGCUACAACAAACUGGUGGUUUCCCGCGUGGCCCGGGUCUGCAAGGGGGAUCUUGGAGGUCUGAGGACCUUGCAGAAAAAAUGGACAUCCUUCCUGAAGGCCAGGAUGGACUGUCCCGUGUUGGAGUCUAAGCUGCCGUAUAUUAUCCAGGACACUUACCGCUUGUGUGACCCGCAGCAGCACUGGAAGGACUGUUGGUUCUACGCCAUCUUCACACCCCAGUCGGAUACAUCAGGCCUGUCUGCAGUGUGUGCGUACCGCGUGUCAGACAUCAGCAAAGUGUUUGCGAUGGGGAAGUACAAGACCCCAGUCCCCGUAGAAACCUCUUUUGUUAAGUGGGUGAUGUACAGCGGAGAUGUCCCCGUCCCUCGGCCCGGAGCUUGCAUAGACAAUGAGGCUCGUAAAGCGGGCAUAAAUCAGACUCUGGACCUCCCAGACCGGACCCUUCAAUUUAUCAAAGAUAGGCCCCUCAUGGACCAAGCUAUCCAGCCAAUAGGGGAGAAGCCUGUUCUGGUGCGAAGGGGAGCCACAUUCACACGCAUCAUAGUCAACCAAGUGCAGGCCGCAGACGGAGAGAAGUACCAUGUCAUGUUCAUAGGCACAGAGGAAGGCACAAUGCUGAAAGCAGUGAACUACGAUGACGAGAUGUUCAUCAUAGAGGAAGUGCAACUCUUCCAGCCUCCAGAGCCAAUCAAGACUUUGAAAUUCUCUCAUGUCACGGGUCAGCUCUAUGCGGGCUCAAACUCGGGGGCAGCGCAAAUACCGCUGGCCUCCUGCUGGAGGUCCCUAUCCUGCAUGGACUGUGUUCUAGCCAGAGACCCAUACUGCGGCUGGGACAAAGCUGACGGGAAAUGUGUCGUCCUUUCUGAUGUGACACGAGAAAUAAUCCAAAGUGUGAAACAAGGAGAUGCCUCUCUGUGCCCUGAUGCUGAUCCUGUGAAACCUAUGAAUAGGUCCUUCUGGCACGGAGGAAACCUGAAUCUCCGUUGCCUUCCACCCUCCAACCUGGCAAAGACCAGCUGGGAGUGGGCCGGCCGGCCUCUGACCCCUUCAGCUCGCAUUCAGGUUCUACAGGACGGACUGCUGAUCCUGAACGCCACAGAGUCCGACAGUGGUCGGUACCGCUGCCUGUCUGUGGAGCUCUCCAAAGCUGACCAGUACACGAGCACCGUGGCAGAGUACCAGGCUACAGCCCUGUCUGACCCGGGGGACACAGGGUCUACCCAGGCUCAGACUAAAGGCCACUCUCUGGCUGGACUGCAGGUCGUAGUCGGGCUCCUUGUAGUUUCUCUUCUUGCCCUUUUGGCUUGGAACUUUUACAAAGGCCAUCUACCGCUGCCCUGGAACUGCAGAAAGAAGAAUACAGAGCAAUCCCAAGAGACCCCCGAGCAGGGGGGGCUGAACUCCAAAGUGACCUACCAGGAUGCACCGGGGCCCGUAUCGACAGAGGGCAAGCCCCUGGUGUCUGGAACAAACAACGGAAGAAAUAACCACACUGGAGGGGAGGCCGCUGUGGAGAAUGAGGACCCCAAAGAUUCUCUGCAGUUUAUUGAUGACGAGUACGAAAAUUCAAAAUGACAAGCAAAUUAAAUGUUCCAUCCUGCGCAACUAAAGUUUGAGAAAUGAACAAGAAUAACGCAAACUAUUUGUUAAGAGGCAGAACUACUGGAUUCAUGAGUUCAGCUCCAACGUUUGAGAGAAAUCUCAAUUUAUGGGACUAUAAAACAUUCCAAGGGAUUGAAACUUGUUUUGAGACACCUAAAGAUUAUGCGCAUUCACACCGCAGUACUUUUCCCACAAAGGUUCAUGAGAACUUAGUUCAUCACAACUAAG